AUGAGAGCAUGUAUGGGAGUUGCUUUAGUGGCGAUGAUUGUUAGUGAUUGUGAUAAUGAAUAUGAAAAAAUUGUUCAAAAUAGUACUAUUGCUAGCAAUUUAGUAUUAAAUAUAACUGAUUCUGCAAAAGAUAAUCUAUACAAAAGUGUAUCAGAGGAAUAUAAAAUAGACGGUUUUUUAAGUGCCCUUUUGCUGACAGAUCCGUACCCGAAGUUCAAUUGGAGUAAGAAGAUUCAAGAUACAAUACUCGCUUCCUUCUUCUGGGGAUACAUGUUGCUGCAAAUCCCCGCCGGACAGCUCGUUCAUCGUUUCGGAUCACGUUAUCUAUUAUCAGGGGCGCUUUUUAUAAACUGCGUUGUAUCUUUUUCAUUACCUUGGGCUGCUUUUUAUGGUGGUUGGAUAUGCAUUCUCAUCUUUAGAAUAACUCAAGGCUUGAGUCAAGCUUGUAUCGUACCAGGAAUUCAUACACAUCUAGGCAAAUGGACACCUCUGAAGGAAAGGAGUCGUUUAAGCGCUUGGGCGUAUGGAGGUCAAGCUUUAGGACCAGUGCUCAGUUUCCCAAUAACAGGCUUUAUAGCUGCAUCACCACUGGGCUGGCCUGGUAUCUUCCGUUUCUAUGGUCUUCUCUCGGGACUUGUUGGUUGCUUAAUAUGGUGGACGAUUUCUGAUACGCCAGCCCAACAUCCCAAAGUAUCCGCGGUUGAAAGGCAAUACAUAGAAAAUGAUUUGGGUGACACUGAUGACUCGAAGAAACCUAAGUCAGUCCCGUGGUCAAAAAUAUUAACACACCGUGGAAUGUAUGCUAUAUGUAUAGCGCAUAUUGGAAUGUCGUGGGGCCAACUGACCCUUUACUCGGAGCUACCGGCCUUCAUGGACAAAGUCAUGGGGGUCAAUAUUAAAGCGAACGGACUACUCACGGCGCUUCCAUUCCUAGCUAUGUGGUUUACCAACUUCUUCUUCUGUUGGGCUGCUGAUAUGCUCAUUGUUAAGAAUAUACUCAAUGUCACUCACACUAGAAAAUUAGCUAAUUCCGUGGGUUGUAUUCCAGCUGCAAUUGGUUUGAUUGUGCUGGCAUUUGCACCUAAAAAUAUUGUAGUUGUUGAAUCGCUUCUAGUCAUCAUCUGUUCGUUCACGGUUGCAACUCACGUCGGAAGUUAUGUCAAUCACAUUGAUAUAUCGCCUCACUUCUCAGGAACUAUGAUGAGCAUCAGUAACUUUGUGGCCAACUUGUGUGGAUCUUUAGCUCCCAUUGUCGCUGGCUUUAUUCUUACAGAUGUUACAAGUGAAUAUCUUUGGCGAAAAGUUUUCUUCGUAGCCGCUGGAAUGUAUUUCUUUACUAACCUGCUGUACGUACUCUAUGGAACAGCUGAAAGGGCUGAGUGGAACGACCCGCCGGAAGAGAUAAAGACUCCAGAAACGGAACCUUUUCUUACCAAAGAUUAA